AUCGUGUGUACAUAUGAAAGUAAGACGAGAGAUGCAAACCAUCAAGGAAAUUGAGCGUUAAUGAUAGAGAAGAUGGAGAACAUAACAGAGAAGCUUUGCUUAGCAAAAGCUAGUACCUCAACCCCAUCCUCGCCCCCCAUUCACAACCAAACUCAAAGUCCAAAACGUUUUGUGUUGAUACAUGGAGCUUGUCAUGGAGCAUGGAGCUGGUAUAAGGUGGCAACUCUCCUCAAGGACUCAGGUCAUCAUGUCACAGCUCUAGACUUGGGAGCAUCCGGGAUCAACCCGAUUCAGGUACAGCAACUGCCUUCGUUAUCGGAAUACGUCGAGCCUUUGACAAAGCUCAUGGUGUCUCUACCACCUGAAAAGGUUAUCCUUGUGGCUCACAGCUUUGGUGGAGCCGUCAUAUCUAUUUUCAUGGAGAGGUUUCCGCAUAAAAUUGCUGCUGCGGUAUAUGUUACGGCUGUCAUGUCUGGUCCUACUCUCAAUUUCUCAACUAUACAAUCAGAGAUUAAGAAAAGAUUCCAUUAUAUGGAUUCUCAAUUCAGAUAUGAUAACGGAACCAAUAACCCAGCAACAUCUUUUCUCUUUGGGCCCAAGGACUUGGCAACAAGCUUGUACCAGCUCUCACCACCACAGGAUUUAACCCUAGCGUUAUCGUUGGUGAGAUUUUUUCCUCGCUACAAUUAUGAUGUUAUAAAGCUCACAAAAGAGAAAUAUGGAUCAGUUCCUAGAGUAUUCAUCGUGUCCGGCGAAGACCAUGCUAUAGUAAUGGAUGUGCAAAAUUACAUGAUAAAAAGCAAUCCGCCAAAUGAAGUGAAAGUGAUAAACGGUUCUGAUCACAUGGUCAUGGUCUCUAAACCCGUAGAGUUGUUCUUCCAUCUCCAAAACACUGCUGAGAAAUAUUCAUAAACACAGUUACACAGACAUGUUUAGAUUAGGCAAACAAGUAUUAUACUAUUAUCCAAAUAAGUGAGAUUGUUUUAUAAGGGAUAAGUACUAAGAAUUAUAUGUGUCCAUGAACUUUAGCUAAAGAGGUAUAAAGUACUCAACAAUCUCAGAAUUCUCAAAUACAAUUUUAAUAUAUUUUUUUGUUCA